GUAAAUUUCUUUAAUUUGUCUUUUUUAACGUUUCAUAAUGAGUUUCUUUGUUCAAAAACUAUCUGACAAAGCUACUGUACCUACUAAAGGUUCUGCUUUGGCCGCUGGCUAUGACUUAUACGCAGCAGCUGAAUGCACCAUUCCAGCUCAUGGAAAAGCAUUGGUAGACACAGACUUAUCAAUUGCUGUUCCACAAGAUACCUAUGGACGCAUUGCACCACGAAGUGGACUUGCUGCUAAAUAUUUUAUUGAUGUUGGUGCCGGAGUUGUUGACGCUGAUUAUCGUGGACACGUUCGCGUUUUGCUCUUUAAUCAUGGAGACUCUGACUUCCCCGUCAAAGUUGGCGACCGUGUUGCUCAGAUUAUUUUGGAAAAGAUUGCUACACCUCCUGUUAUCUUGGUUGAAAACUUGGAGGCCACUGUUCGUGGUACUGGCGGUUUUGGAAGCACCGGUGUGCAUAAACAUCAGGAAUGAGAUGAGACAUUUUUGGAGAGUUAACAGUCUUUCGUGCAUUCUCGUUUAACUUACUUUGAUGAUACCAUUCCUUAAGUAUAUGUAUAAUAGUCUGAUUCCUUUUUUUGUGUAAUAUACAUUUUAUUUUCAGUAGUA